UGCUUGUUUGGAAGAUUUUGAAACCACAAGACCACAAUGCCUGCCUUGUCUUCUGAAGACUCCCCACAAACUGCCCCAUGUUGAUUGGGAGACCAUUGUGAGAGAUUAUUUUGGUUACAUUUUUGGUACAAACCAGUUACCUCUGAGAAGCACAGAUGUGAGUUGUUAGCAGUAGGCAAAGUUUGGAGCUCUUUUAGAUUCCUAAUGUGUGUAGAUGUGGAAUAAAUGCAGCCAGUUUGCUUUGGAAGGAAACAGUUUCCCAACAACUUUUAUUUUAUGGAAAUACAUGAAUUGUGACUCCAUUAUCAUUUAUCGGUUUCAAGAUCUAUACAGACUGGGCCAAUCACUUCUUGGAGAAGGCGGGGCGCAGAAAUCUCAUUGCUGACCUCCAAGUAGACAUCACCAAUGGGGUGCUCCUAGCUCAAGUAAUUGAGGCUGUCAUCGAUGAGAGGGUCGUGGAUAUCAACCCAGGCCCUCGCACUGCCAAUCAGAUGAUUGAAAACAUCGAUAAGUGUCUACACUGUCUGUCAGCUAGGGGCGUGAACACGCAGGGCCUUCUUGCCAAAGAUAUCCGCGAGGGCAACCUGAAAGCAGUACUCGGUCUCUUCUUCGCCCUGUCACGAUUCAAGCAACAACUCCAACAGCAGCAGCAGCAGCAGAAGCAAGCCAGCCAACAGGCCAGACAGCAACAAGCAACUCACAGCAAGCUGACUACGUCAGCAGGAACAACUCAACAAUACAAAGUGCAAUAUUCAUCAUCGUCAGCAGCGGCGACUUCGCAGCAGCGACAUCAGCAGCAGUCGAAGCAACUCGCUGCACCUACAACUCAGGCAGGACAGAAACGGCAGACGGCGUCGUCACAGAAACAGCCGGGCAAUUUGCAAUCGCAGUCAUCAGUGCAACGUCAACCCACCGCCAAACCCCAGGCCACACCCAGGUCAGCAUCCCAAGUCAGACCCCCCUCAGCAAGCAGCAAGUCUUACGGCACCACGCCUUCCCCAUACCAGACGGGGUCCAACAAGCCCCAGGGGCGGCCGGGCGGGGCUAGCACUCAGCUUGGAGCACAGCAGCGUAAGCAGGGCUCCUCCACAACGUCACUCGCUUCAUCAAGGCUUGAGCGAAUGAGAGCUACCUCUCAAAAAAGCAACUCAUCCUCUCAUCGCAACUCAUCCUCCUCCGACAUGAGUUCCCGCAUCCCGACGUUCAGCAAGGUGUCACGUCCCGCUGCAGGGUCAGGGGUCCCCCAGAGGGGUCAACUGGAAAAGGGACGAGUGCCUUCAGCAUCCCCAGCCCAAAAUCAACAAGGUGCAAUACAAACUAGUACUACAACUACCUCAACUCAGGGUUCGUCUCUACCAAACGGUGCCUCACCCGCAAGCAAUCUCCAACCCCCGUCACGGACAGCCAGCCAGAUCCGUGCACCCUCAUCAAGCUCGACCAAAACCAGCGGCAGCUCACAGUCAAAACAGCAGAAACAGCAAUCCAAGCAACAGCAGCAACGGCAACCGCCAGCACAACACCACCAGCAACAACAACCACAACAUGAACAACAACAACAGCAGUCGCAACAGACUCCCAAAAGCCCCAACAAGAGCUCCAUGCUCACCAAACUGAAAUUCUUUGGAAAGGAACACGCUGGUAAAGAACCUCACAGUGCUCCAAAGAGCAAAGGUGCUGCCGGUAAAUCAGCCAUCAAUGGCAACAAUAGCAGCAGCUCGGAGUCUGCAGCCUCGACAGCAGCAACUCAACCACCUAGAGAGGCUUCUUCAGGGACCAGAACCAGAACUCCUGCCCAGGAACAGUCAGCAACACCGCAGGAUAAAUCAAGGACAGGAAGCGGUCUUAAGAAGCACGGAAGCAACUCCAGCAUCGGCACCACAGCAAGCAAUACCUCCUCAUCGGGUGUAGGUCCUUCGUCGGGCACAGGUGCUCAGAGCACUGUCUCAUCUCCUGGGUCCAGUCUGGGGUCAAGCAGUCCGAAGAAUGCCCUGAAGGCAGUUGCUCAAAAGACCAUCGGGAGAGCAUUUGGAGGUGGGAAGGCUAAACCGCCAACCAAAUUACAGCCGAGAGAACUGGGUAAGCUUCCCAUCAAAGAGGGAUCUGAUCUGGGAGUGCGUGGUGAGCCUGUUGGAGCUUCGGAUAACCAAAAAGGUGAGGCACCAAGGAACAACGACGUUGCUUCAAAACCAGCGCCUAAAUCCAAACUAUCACCACCUGGGAGUAAAACCUCCAGUAGCAAACAGAUGCCAACAUCAACCUCAAAGACAAAACUGCCAGUGGCCAACCAAACUCCAUCUCAGGGCUCGUCGCAGAGUUUGCCUUCCAACCGCAACAUUGCGAAGUCCAACUCGUCAGCUGCCAGCCAGAAAACAGGUUUGAAGACACCCACUUCAUAUCAGACUUUCCCUAAAAACUCCAAUGUGAAUGGUACAAAGCAAGAGGAAAGGGAUGGGGGUGUGCCGUUCACAAGAGCUGGUGCCUACAGUACUUUCCCUGGCCCUGGAAACUCAAAGCAAAAGAACGUAGACGUGUCAUCCAAACAUGACAAGAGCCCUCACGACGAGAAGCAGAAAAAACAAGCCAGUUGUAAACCAAAGAGUUCAUCUCGGUCACCAGAUUCAAAUCGCCCCCUGCCUGCGUCACCAAGCCACAGUGCAUCUCAACGGUCCCCUGCUAACACAGCGACAGUUGCGCCAUUUAAUUACAUCGGUUGCCGGCCAAUGUCCAAGGAGUGUAGUGAUAUGAGCAUUGCGAGCACCAGCGUCAGCGAGUCCUCAAUUGGCAGCACUCCUAUUCAGAGCCAGACCAGCGUAUCUUCCGGAAACAGCAUUUCCUCUGAAAACAGCGUAAUCUACAAACCCAGGGAAGAUGCCAACGACUACUGCACAUCAGUCUACAAGAACGACAAAGUUGUGACGACAUUUGGGACUCCACCAUCCCAACCCCGAUCGUUGAAGGGAUACGGUGACGUCAGACCCAACACAAUGGACCUGACUGUCAUGAACGUCCAACACAACCAGCCAAGCUCCAGAACCACCAAGGAGACAACAUUCGGAGACAGCGUAACAACUCAGCUACGUAACCACCGCUCUCCGACUGGCUCUUCCAAGGGCGCCAUGAACUCAUCCCCACAAGGUUCCCCACGGUCCCAACGCUCGGCCAUCGCAACCUACGGUGCCUCAGCUGCUCGAUUAAACAACCUCAGUUCCCUCCCACUCCAAAUACCCUCCAUGCCCGUCCAAAGUGAGGCUCCGUACUCAGCCUACUCCUACCGCAGCGGAGGGGUCCCCCAACGGUUUGUCCCUGCCCCUUCUUUAACCCGUCUCUAUGGUAACUCGAUGCGUCGCACAACUUCCAACCGUUCACAUCUGAGCGACUUACAGUUCACCGAGCAGCCCAUCCUAGAUGACGGCGAUGAUUUAUACGAUGAAGACGUCGGCAGCGGAUAUGUCAGCGAUGGUGACAUUCUACACCGUAACGCCCAGCUUAGCGACAUUGCUAGUGGUUACAUGAGCGAGGGAGGUGGUUACCUGUACGCCAAGAGACUGGGUACCGGUGGAAGCAGGCUGCGUGAUGGCAUGGCAGCAGUCAGAGAGUUUCUGCAGAAAACUGUCGACCUCAGUGAUGAAGACAGUAUUGACGACAGCAGCUCUAUAAGCAGUGGGAUAAGUGACACCAUCGCUGAGAUCAGCACCGAUGAGAACAUCACUGGCUCUUCCAUCAGCUGUUCCUCCUCCCAGGCAUCCUGCAACCUCCUCACCAGGGACGGCAUCAAGCGAGGGCGUGCUUCAUCCGACGACAGCCGUUCACCGGGAAGUUCGGCACGGAACUCUUGCGAAUCCGGCAAAAACCUAGAGAUCUUUGGCGACGGAGGGAUACCCAUUGACUGUGGAAAAUCCUCGCCCCAGAGGCGGGCAUUGGAAGAAGCGCGCCGGAAAAAUGGCGAGAAUUCGCCUCGCAGAAACGCUCUGAAUAAGAGUAUACUGAAGGAGGCUACAUCUGGUGGACAGUCACCGAAACGUAACAGUAACGGAAGGAACGGCAAAGGGAGUAAGAACGAUCAAGGUAAGGGCAAGAAGUCUAAAGGAGACUCAUGUAAGUCGGAAAGCCAGAAAGGACAGAGUAAGAUGAGUGGAUAUCCUGAGAGGGGGACGCUUGCAUCGCCAACGGGACGGAGUGGCAUCCCACCACCGCCUCCAAGUUGGCAACGUAGCCUGGAUCGUAUUCAAGUCCGACAGUCACAGGCUGCUAGGCGUGCUGAUCCAAGCCUCUCUCCAAGCCUGCCGAGGUCUAGAACUGGUGGGGUCAAGUAUGAGAAUGGGUCAGGGACGCUGGAUCGCAGAAGCGGUGCCCGAAACAGCCAGAGGAAUAAAGAUGAACAGGAGAUCCCUUGCGCUCAAGAUUCCAGAAAGAUGGCAGCUGGUCGAGCUCCAGGCAUGCCUGGGUUUGGGUUCCGACCGGCAGGAGCACCAGCAACGUCAAGCUCUGCAACCACUCCUGGCAGUAAGACUGCCGUCACACCUUCCAAGACUGGCAACUUUGGAUUCCCAGGGAGCAGCAGUAGGUCUGGCCGGGUAGGUGGCUCCCUCAGCGGCUCAGAAUCAGCUCCUGAGAGAGGCAGCAUCAGAAUGAAAUCUGGCCAGAGAGCAGGGCAGAAACCAGGCCAGAAGACAAGCCCGACGUCUCCUCCAGGUACCAAUGCCAAGGCUGACGUGAAUGCAAACACAGAAGCCAAGAAGAAUCAAAGAAACCAGGAGAGGAUGGCAACAGGACUGCUGUCUCCAACUGGAUCAGAAUCUGGCAAAGUCAAGAUGGGAGGCAGCAAGACUGCCCUUUCUUCCAGCCCUUCGCUCAAGCAGCUCUUUGGCCGCAAACCAGAAGGUGCCAAGACACCAGGAAGCGCCUCCCAAGAUACCAUCAUCUCAAACCCCCACGCCACUCUGGCCAAGCAUGGAACAUCACCUCCCCGCCACCCACCCACAACCACCCACAACCAAUUUGCAGCUCCAGUCGGCGCUCCCCGCCGAUCCUCAACAAACAUGUCCGCAGACCUCUCCCUGACCAAGACCCCUUACUCUGAUGCCUUACGCUACAGCGGCUACCUAAGCGAUAGCUAUUCAGGAGCCCGUGACAGUGGGCUUGGGUCUCUCCACGCCGGUAUGAUGGGUCCUUACGCCCGAGCCAACAUGCACCCCAGCUCUCUCUCAACCUUAAACAGGUCCGAGAGCGGCAGCAUGGAGUCCCUCGACUCCAACAACUCCAGCUCUCUAUCCAUGACGAGCCGCGCUACAAGUGAACGCUACGGUUUGACCUCGCCAUCCUCCAAUGGUCCAUCACCGCAUCACAGAGCACAGCCUGACAAGAUGUUGAGUAUCUCCCUCUCAGGAAAGGACGCAGAGGAAACGGCUUGGCUGCGAGCUAACGGUUACCCUACCACAACUGAUGGGGCUCCUCCGCUAUCACCAGCAAGCUCCACUGCCUCUCAGCCUGUCGGCCAAUUCUUUGCCAUCCCUGGCAUGAACCAAAGCAAUUCAGCCAUGGUGCGCUCCAACAGCAUGUCAGCCAGCAGCUACACACAGGGCGCCUACAGCAACCCUCGCCUGCGCAAUAACAGCGUCUCGCUGGAUGAACGCCAGAGGAUGGCGCUCAGCAUGGGCACGUUCUGUCGGGAUCAGGAUAGCGAGUUGCAUGGAUCAGCAUUGUCACUGGCAUCCCAGGGUUCAUCGCUGUAUGCUGCAAUUCAUCCGGAUGAGAAGGCCGGUGAGAUCCGUCGCUUGAAGCGAGAGCUGGACCGGGAACAAGAAAGAGUGGGCAACCUCUCCAAUCAACUCAACACAAAUGUAAGUCCACUUGCUUUUAUUCUUGUCUUUUGUGAGUACUAUGCUGGGGCUAACUAUGGCAGGUUUUAAAAAGAUAAUGAAAUC